UGUCACGCUGUGCAGCUGUGGCUCAUUUCAACUGCACGUUCACCUGCGCCGCGCGCUCAAGGUGCGAUGACGAGUACGCGCGCGUGGAGGCGCUGGCGGGCUGUGCGCGAGUAUCGUUGACGUUGAGGCGGAGAUAAACUCACACGAGCUGCAGUUGAUCUACGGAUUAAACGGAGAAACUCACUGACAGUCACCGGAAUAUCUGCGAUUCUGCCAUGCGGUAACACGAAGAAACGUGAAGCAGAUUCCACAGCGAGAGAGAGAGAGAGAUUCUGACAUGUGCUUCAUAGUCAUACUGGUGCCGUAACAACAGCUGUGUGUAUAUCUACACCUCCAGACAUGAACAACGACCCAUCACAGAUGAAUGGACACAGGUCAGUGUCACCAGAUGUACCAGUCAAGAGAUCGAAUGCUAAAGCUAUGUAUGAGCAAAGGAAAAACUACACCAAAACCAGUAUAAACGGACUGACGGAAACAUCUUGCUACCAUGUAGAGCAUCUCACCACGUUUGUGAUGGAUCGUAAAGAGGCCAUGUUGACCAUCGAGGAUGGGAUCAGAAAACUGCGUUUGUUAGACGCCAAAGGGAAGGUGUGGACUCAAGACAUGAUCCUACAGGUGGAUGAGAAAUCUGUCAGUCUCAUCGAUUCAGACACAAAGAACGAGCUGGAGAACUUUCCUCUCAGUACAGUUCAACACUGUCAGGCCGUCACAAACUCUUGUAACUAUGACUCCAUCCUGGCACUGGUGUGUAAAGAAUCCGGUCAGGGCAAACCGGACCUGCACCUCUUCCAGUGUGAUGACAUCAAGGCCAAUUUAAUCCACGCAGACAUCGAGAGUGCCGUCACCGAUCACAAGGGCGGAAAAGUGAAGAAAAGACCCGAGGCUCUCAGAAUGAUCCUGAAGAGCGACGGCACCAUCCCUCCGCCUCCGGGAGGCCCUGCCCCUGAGCCUCCAGCGGGUGUCACUCAACCGGACACCAAGAGUCGAGUGGCCAACUGGUCUGCCUGGACCAAUGAUCAGCAAACCUAUGAUAAACAGAAACUUUACACAGAGAUAGACGGACCUCCAGAGAUGAGCCCAGCGCGAAUCGACAAAGAUGUGCAAAUCCUCAAUCACAUCCUGGACGACAUCGAACACUUUGUCAAUAAACUGCAGAAAGCUGCAGAGGCCUUUAAUGAACUCGGCAAACGCAAGAAAUCCAAGAAGAGUAAAAAGAAAACACCUGGAGAGGGAGUGUUGACUCUGAGAUCUAAACCUCCAUCUCAGGAUGAGUUUGUCGACUGUUUGCAGAAGUUCAAACACGCCUUUAAUCUGCUGGGGAAGUUAAAGCAGCUCAUUCAGAAUCCCAGCGCUGUGGAUCUGCUUCACUUUCUCUUCAGUCCUCUCAGACUGGUGAUUCAGACAUCCGGAGGUGUUGAUCUGGCUAAAAGUGUGAUUGUUCCUCUGCUCACCAAAGAAGCCAUAGACUUUUUACACUCGUCAGGUUCAGAGGAUGAGAGGCACUUGUGGGUCACGCUGGGAGACGGAUGGACCAAGUGCAGGUUAGAGUGGCCAAAGGAUUAUCCCUUCCCUCCUCACACGCUGCGUUUCAGAGACGGCUGGGAGCCGCCCGUGAUUGUGUCUCGUGAACAAGAAGUGGUUCAGCUGGCUGAGGCGUUGAUUCAGACGGAGGUUCAAAGACCAGCGGCCGUCACUCAGUCAGCGCUUCCGGAUUUCUCCAGCGCAAAUGGGUAUGACAUCAGAAACACUUCAUACAAGCGUUUGCAGCUGCUGGAGCCAGACAGAGCAGUGGAGGCUUUUAAGCAGGCGGUCAGCCGUCAAGUGGAUAGGAACUUCGAUGAUCAUGGUCGAAUGCAGACAACAAACUUUGCCAAAUCCAAAUAUGACUUUGUGGCCAGAAACAGCACAGAACUGUCUGUGAUGAAAGAUGAAGUGCUGGAGGUGCUGGAUGACAGGAAGCAGUGGUGGAAGGUGAGGAACAGUGCGGGGGCUACAGGAUAUGUGCCAAACAACAUUCUGGAGAUGAGCAGAGCGUUGGAGACGACAGGCCGUGGGGAGCCCAUCUACAGUCACACCAUACAGAAACAGAGAUCAGACUAUGUGCCCAAACCAGCGGUUACACCAGUCCCCCCCACCCCGACACCACCCCCUCCUCCUGCCUUAGGAAAGAUCCCCACUCCCCCUCUACCUCCCAUAUCUGCCCCAGCGGCUUCUGAACGUCAGGACCCUACACCUGCUGACAUCAUUGAUCAGAACAACACCAGUGAGAUCGACAGCGUCACCAUGAGAGACAGUCAGAGAGAGAGACCGCCACCUGCUAACCGCCGUAAGUCAAACAUGGAAGAGGUUCAGGACGAGCUGAUGCACAGACUAACGUUGGGUCGCAGCGCUCAGAAGAAGUUACAGACUCCCGCUCGAUCCACCAGCGGUCUGUCUGUAAACAUCUCGUAUGACUCUGCGCCUGAGGAGGUGACGGCCUGGCUUCAGCUCAAGGGCUUCAGCGCUGUGACCAUCAACAGUCUGGGUGUUCUGACCGGAGCUCAACUCUUCUCUCUGAAUAAAGACGAGCUGAAGACAGUGUGUCCUGAUGACGGCGCUCGAGUUUACAGUCAGAUCACCGUUCAGAAAGCUGCUCUUGAGAAGAGCUCGGGGUCGGAGCUGCAGGAGGUCAUGAGGCGACGUCAGGAGAAGCUUGCACUGGGCACAGCAGCGAGUGAUUCUGGUGUAGAGUCCUUCGAUGAGGGAAGCAACCACUGACUCCGACCCCCUCACUCAAAUCUGUCACCUUUGACCUUUUGCAGGACGCAGUGGAGCGUGCUCAGUUUGCUGCCAUAAUGCGGCGGCGUCAAGAACUCCUGGACCCGUCUGAUAACGGAACCGGCUCUGACGUGGAUGAACAUGCGUGAUAUGGGAGAAGAAUGUUGUGCUGAUGACACGGAGCAGUAGUUUAGUGCCAUGAUGUUCUGCUCUCUGUACUGAAUGUCCACAGACUCGUCAUCUUCAGAUAUAUCUCUGUUCACACGUGUGCUGCUUUAGAAAGAAUAACAUCCCGUGGAGAAGAACAUAACGCACCAGUAGUCAUCAGAAUCCAACAAACAUUGUGAAUAUCACAACAACACAAACUGGUGAAUAUUGACUGUUUGAUCACAUUACACAUGCAUGUGAUUGGCUGGAUUUUGGACCGAUAGAUUAUUGCUUGUUUAUAUUGAUAGACAGUAACUUCGAAUAGAAUAUUUAUCAACUGCUUGAUAUCUACGUGGAGAUUCAUGGGUAAGAAAGUUUAUAAAACUGUAGAUUUUCAUUUACUAGCAAAAAAAUCGUAUUUAUGUACGUGAUUUUGUACUUUAUUGUAAUGCCAAAUGACAAGCUUUAGACAUUUCACUAUUGAAAAGAAAAGCAGAGAGACGGCUGUUCAGUUUGAGUAGAUUGUGAUUCUGUAAAUCUUCUCAUCUGUUUGUGUGUCGUAUGGUUUCACUUCCAUAUGAAACGUUAAAGAAGUCUUAAAUGAGGUUUGACAGAUUUUGGGCCAAAUUCACGGCAGUGAAUGUCUUCCUGUAUCUGCCGAACUUUUCUCUUUAACCCUGUUAAUGUGACGUGAUGUCAUGUCAUGUUUCUGUUGGUCAUGUGAGUAUGGGCGUCUCUCACUGACCAAACCAUAAACAUUAACAACUGAUUUCAUUUAUUUGUAAGGAGCAGUUUGGCCAAAAAUUUAUUUGAGCUCAAUGUUUGAGAACAAAUUGUAAAUAUGAAGUAUGAAUGGAGAAUAAAUGGAUACACCCGA